UUAAAGAUAGUUUACUUAGUUCAAUUAAAUUUGUAAAAACACGAGAUGGUGAUGUCGCUUGGGUUGAUGGUAUUAUUACCCAUGGUGUACCACCAUCUGCCAUACCUCCAGGAGUAACGACAUUUACUACUGUUGAUCAAGUUAAUAUAGAAUGGUAUUUGAAUUCUGUAACACGAGAAGUUAAAGAUCAGAUGCCACCUCAAGCAUGUGUAUUUAUAAAUGAACCAAAAUUAUUUGAUCUUAAAACGAUUCUUAUUCGACAACAUGGUCUUCGAGCUGAAUUUGUUGGCGGAGUACUUACUUGUGAAGAUACAGUAGCUAUUAAACGAAAUGAAACUGGUAAAAUCAUUCUUGAAGGGACUCUAUUCGAUACAUUUUAUAAAGUUCGACGAAUCUUAUAUGAUCAAUAUGCUAUUUUGUAA